GGCGCGGCGGGGGCGGCGGCGGAGCGGGGCCGUGAGCGCGGAGCGCGGCGGGGACAUGGCGGGGCCGGCCUGACCCGGCCCGACCCGACCCGCGCUCGCCGCCGCGAUGUUGCCGAGCCAGGCCGGGGCCGGGAACGGCGCCGCCGCCGCGCUGGCCCGCGGCUCGGGGCUGGGCCGGUCGCCGGUGCCGCGUGGGGCGAACGGCGGCGGGGCGGCGGCGGGGGCGCCCGGGGGCUGCCUGAAGCGGGAGGCGCUGUACAGUGGCAGCGAGGGCGACUCGGAGUCGGCCGAGGAGGAGGAGCUGGGCGGCGAGCGGCGCGGCGUGAAGCGUGGCCUGGCCGAGGCGGCGGCGGCGGCAGCGGCGGCGGGGCCCGCGGCGGGAGCGGCGGCGGCGGCCGCCUACAGCGGCGGCGGGGGCGGCGGGGCCGUGAGCGGCGCCAAGCCCGGGAAGAAGACGCGGGGCCGGGUGAAGAUCAAGAUGGAGUUCAUCGACAACAAGCUGCGGCGCUACACCACCUUCAGCAAGAGGAAGACCGGCAUCAUGAAGAAGGCCUAUGAGCUCUCAACGCUGACUGGCACUCAAGUCCUGCUGCUGGUGGCCAGCGAGACAGGCCAUGUGUACACGUUUGCCACACGGAAGCUGCAGCCCAUGAUCACCAGCGAGACGGGGAAGGCAUUGAUCCAGACAUGCCUCAAUUCCCCGGACUCGCCGCCACGCUCGGACCCCACCACUGACCAGCGCAUGAGUGCCACUGGCUUUGAGGAGACGGACCUCACCUACCAGGUGUCCGAGUCGGACAGCAGCGGGGAGACCAAGGACGCCCUGAAACCUGCGUUCACUGUCACCAACCUGCCGGGAACAACGUCCAUCCAGACAGCCCCGACCACCUCGACCUCCAUGCAGGUCAGCAGUGGCCCGUCAUUCCCCAUCACUAAUUACCUGGCGCCAGUGUCUGCCAGCAUCAGCCCCAAUGCCGUCACCAGUGCCAACGGGACAGUGCUGAAGACUACUGGAGCCAGUGCAGUGACGUCUGGGGGCCUCAUGCCGAUACCCACUGGCUUCACCCUCAUGUCAGGUGGUACCAUGGCUCAGCAGGUUCCAGUCCAGGCAAUCCAGGUGCACCAGGCACCGCAGCAAACGUCUCCCUCUAGUGACAGCAGCACUGACCUUACCCAGACCUCUUCCAGCGGAACAGUGACCCUCCCAGCGACCAUCAUGACGUCGUCUGUGCCAACCACCGUGGGCGGCCACAUGAUGUACCCCAGCCCGCACGCGGUGAUGUACGCGCCCACCUCCGGCCUGGCCGACGGCGGGCUCGCGGUGCUCAACGCUUUCCCGCAGGCGCCCUCAGCGAUGCAGGUGUCCCACGGCCAGGUCCAGGAUCAGGGUGGCGUCCCCCAAGUGUUCCUGACAGCCCCAUCAGGCACGGUUCAGAUCCCAGUCUCAGCUGUCCAGCUUCACCAGAUGGCUGUCAUCGGGCAGCAGAGCAGCAGUGGCAGCAGCCUGACGGAGCUGCAGGUGGUCAACUUGGACACCUCACACAGCGUCAAGAGUGACUGAGAGGCCUCUGCUGCCGGCCUUCUGUUUCUGGCUUGUCAUGCCAGUGUCGGGGCUGGCAGCAACUCCUUCUCGUACAGACUGCACCAGUUAUUUAUUGUUGCCUUUUCACGUUUCCUUCAUCCACACAUGCACACACACACACGCACUCACCCACCCCCACACACACAGGCAUGCGCGUGGGGCUGCAGGACCCACCCCGGGUGGAGCCGUGCUGGGGCCGUGCAGGGCUUGGGGCAUUUGGAUGCUGCAAUAGCUGUGCUUGUCUCACGCCAGCCAAAGAAAUUUGUCUUUUGAGGGGAGGAUUGCUCUGCACUGUAAAUAAAUACUGCAGGCCAUUCCCAGCUGGAGGCUCUGGCUUCUUCUGGGUGCUCUGAGUCACCUUGCCCAUGAGUAUUUACUCUGCGUGGGGCUCAGCUUAGACCCGGAGCCGUCGUGCAGGUGCAGCUUGGAGCAGAGUGGGUUGUGGCUGUGCUGCUGGCCUCAGCAAUGUGCCUUUGUGGGGGUGACAGGUCCUGGCCGCAGCAACUCACCCUAGGCUCUGGACAGGAGAGAAGGGCCAGCUUGCAUGUGCAUCUCUGGGCCUGCAUGCCCUCUCCCCGGAGGGCAGGGCGCAGCCGGGUGGCAUAUGGCCCUGUCCUCCUUGUAUGCACUACAGUGAGCCCUCUGCCCUCAGUGCCUCCUCGCUGGGCUGCCUGGCAGAUUUUCAGCCUGACUGGCCCUGCCCCGAUGGCUGCCCUUGCACAGGUGAGGUGGUGAGAUAGAUGCCCAGGAACACAAAGAUGCCCUGGAGAGCUCCUCAGGGGCCCUGUGCUCUGCUCAGCCCCACACUCUCAGCCCUCACACUGCUUCUGGACUCCAUACACCCAGGGGAACGUGGCUGGGUCUGUCCUUCAUCCCCCUGCAGCUCCAGCCAGCGCUUUCUAAAUUUCUGUGUCUGAUGCAAGGUGGAGAAACAACUCAAAUGUCAAAGGGAAGAGCCCGUGGGGCACUGAGCUGCUGGGCAGGUGGCAGGCUCUUCUUCUGAGCACCAGGGUGACCUGAAGGCCAUCCUGGGCUGUGGGGGAGCAGUGACGCCUGUACAGGCUCAGCAAGGCUGGAGGGAGAAGGGCUGGGGCAUGCUUGGUCCUGCAUGGGAAUUGCUGUGAAUGGCUCUGCUACCUAGCCCUGUCCCUGGAGGGAGAGUGAGCAAGUGAGAGAAGCUGCUGAAUCCUUAGGGGAAGAAGCAGCUACUGUAACUUUUUUUUUUUUUUAAGUUAAAGACAAAAGAAGCCUUGGAGAGAAAAAAAAAAAGAAAAAAAAGAAAAUUA